AUGGGAAUCACUCCUCCUGCGGCACCCACUCUGGCUAUGCCUCCUGCUGUGCCAGAAGAUUCUGGCGAACCGACAGGCAGAGGUGUUUGCGACGAGCUCACUACUAAGGAAGUUGAUGCAAGCCAGCUGCCUCUACCCGUAUCUCCGCCAAUCGAUUGUCGGUUCACGGACUUUUCGAACCUGCUGGGCAUCAACGUUCAUCCUCCACCAGAGGAUGAGGCCGUUGCAAUGGCUAACGACGAGCCUGUAUCGUAUUGUCAUGCCGCACCCGAUGAGGAUCUCUAUGGGUGGGAUGCUGAGCUUAAGCGGCAAAGCCAGCAAAGUAGCCCGAUUUUACCGUGCUCUUGCGACGAUGAUUACCAAUACCGACGGACGAGCAUGACGAAGCGUAGCCUCUUGCACCGAGUCUUCAGCAUGGCAGGUUCACCCAAAGAUAUCAACAUUGAGGUGCGCAGAGCUAGCAGCACCUCCAGCUAG